AUGGGCAUGCCGGGUAAGUCGCCACUUCUCCUCAGCAUGUUGGGUGUGGCUUUGUCGCCCGGGUCGCGAUUGUACUUGAAGAAGACUGACCAGGGUCUGAAGCACUUCUUGGCGCAGCACCCACAAGAGUUUUACGUGGAUGGGUCCAAGGGACGCGAGGUGAUCACGUAUCUCCGGGCACCUGGGAAUAAGCUCGGUCUUGCCGAGUUUGCCGUCGACCCAGCGCAGAUUCCAGCGUCAGCUGGACCGGUGCCCAAGGCGACCAUGGAAGUUCCAAAGGUGACGCUGCAGCUUCCCUCGAACGAGCCUGCGUCGGAGUACAUGCCAGCCGAAUCACCGAAAAACAUGGGCAACCGCUACUUGCCCACUUCACCGCUGCCACCAGGGUCCGUUGGAAGCAACUGUGGAAACUUGGGCACCCGCCGUGGCAACGCAAGUAACGGACCCGCCACCGGCAACCUCAGCGAUUUGGGAGGCUUUCCCCCAACGCCCGGUUGGGAUGACAUGGUGCCGCCAGAGAGUCCCAAGGCUACAAACCUGCUCCCAACGGAUCAGACACCCGUCUGCACCAAUCAUCCCGGCAUGCAGACUCCAAGCGACUGGGGUACGCCAUGGGAUAGCGUCAAGCCGUGGGAUGUGCGCCAUCCCGCCAAGCUUGGCGGUCAAGCCGACUUGAACAACAUGGGCGCAGGCCCGUCGACAGACAACGGAGCCACGGCGCCGAAUAUGUUCACCCAAGCAUGGUCUGCCUGGGGCAUGCCGCCUCCUGCGAUGUGGCCGGGGCAGGCUGCUGCGUUCUCUGGAAACGAUGCAUCGCAGGAGGCCCUGCAGAACCUCCUGCAGAUGAGCGGAGGGAUGCCAUCAGCAGACCCCAGCCAGGGAGUUCCGGCAGCUCUCCUCAGCUACUUGGCCAUGGGAAAUCCACAAGGCGGCCUGCCCAAUGCUACUUGGAUGGACAUGAACCAGCUUCAUGCUAUGCAACUGGCGGACCACGAUGGGCAGGCCGGCACAGUCCCCUUGCAGGAUAUUCUCGCAUGGAUGGCCAAGUAUGACGUCGUUGAUCGCAUUAUGGAGUGCAAGCAAAACAACGGGAAGCCCAUGGGCUUGGCUGUGAUCGCCAUGAACAGCAAGGAGGAUGCCGAUUUCGUCCGGCAGGCACUCCAUGGUCAGUACAUGGGUAAUCGCUACAUCGAGGUCUUUCCCCAUCUGGAGGCCUUCCGAUGUGAUUCGGGCAUAUUGACCCAGGGCCAGGACACUAUCAUCUGCUGCGUUUCCUGGUCCAAACCUGAAAGUAGUCGAGGCGCCCUGAAGAAAACAGAGUUGCUGGCCUCUGUUCUCCAUUGGCCAGACGUGGUCGCCCCAGAGGUUCAGAUUGGAAAGGGGGCAUGGGGCAAAGUGUUUGCAGCCAGAUUCCACGAAUCUACUAUGAAGUGCGCACUGAAAUGCAAGCGCCAUGACCAGAACGACUGCCAGGGAAACGACUUCUUCCACGAAGCGGAGAUUAUGCGCAAGCUCCGGCACCCCUUCGUCGCCAGGGUGAUUUUCACAUCUUGCAGCCCUGUGCCGGCCAUUGCCUUUGAACUGCUGGGCUCCUCGCUGGAGGAAAGCACGACAGUGCACAACAUACCCAACGCUGGCUUGUGCGAUGCAUUUGGAUGCGCGAUGGCCGGGAUGAGCUACCUGCACAGUGUGCAAAUUGCACAUCGGGACAUCUGUCCUCGAAACAUGGUUCACCUGAACAAGGACAUGAAAUCGAAAGGCUGGAAGCUGAAGCUUGUGGAUUUUGAUUCUUCCGAGAACCUGGAUGAGCAGAGCCGGCACGGACCAGGAUCAUUGUAUUUUGCACCACUAAUCUUUGGAGGGUGGUGCCGUAUGGCACUGGACAGAUAUGCAUUGGGCAUGUCAUUCAAAGAGAUUAUUGAACAUCGAGGGUCUAGUCUUUCAAGCAAUUUCGCCGUGCAUGCGCUCGUUGUCAUGGACGAGUUGAUGACAGGAUCUACAGUGCUGGCUGCGUCCCUGCGUGCUUCCUCUGAAUACCAGAACGAAGCACCCUGA